AUGGCCUCGCACAGCAGCCAUAACACCUUGCUCUCCAGCAUUGGGCUGCUCGCCUUGGACCAAAGCAUUCCGCACCCGGACCCGCAGGCGAGUGAUCGCGAACAGCUUCUGUGGGAUUCCCUCCGGAAGGCGAAUGCAGAAAUAAACACGCUCCAAGCCUCUGUGCGCCAGUUGCUUGAGCUGAAUCUGAGGUACGCAGAGAGGCUGCAGGGUGCCAUGGACACUGAGGCUAACAAGCGUGUGCGUCUUAGCCAGCCCGAUACACUACACACAAUGAGCAGUCCUGCGGCCACCCUACCUGCGGGCUCUGUAUCCAGCCCACUGACACAGCAGCAGCAGCAGCAGCAGCAACACCACCACCAGGUUCAGCAACAGCCGCAACAGCCGCAACAGCCGCAACAGCCGCAACAGCAACAGCCGCAACAGCAACAGCAGCAGCAGCAACAACAACAGCAACAGCAUAUGUACUUCCAACCAACAUUGCGCACACCGAUACAGAACGCAGGGCAGUUUGACCGUGACGGGCAGACCUACACGGUGGCUGCACAGACACCCGAGAUGCAGGUGCAGAUUGUCCAUGGCGACCAGCAGAGGACGCGUAUCUCAGAAGCAGCCACCGCACUGACAAAUAUCCACACGGCGGAAUCAGCAUCAUUCGCGUCACAGGCAGCAAUCGUAGCAGCAGCAGUCAGUGCGGCCAGUGACCCGCAGCAGCAGCUCCAGAUGCAGUCGCUAGGGCUGCGUGCCACAGCAGCACCCGAGCAGCAAGCCACAGGGCUGUCUCUAUCGAUGGCUGCGCAACAGCAAACGACGCAACAGACAGCACAGCAAACAGCACAGCAGACAGUGCUCGCUCCGCAAUCAGCUCUCCCUGCGGUGCCCUCCUUGACCUCCCAGGCGAUAUCGGCGGCAGCGGUUGCUCAGGCAGCGGUUGCGCGCCAGCAGCCACAAAAGCGAAAGCGCACGCGGCCUCGGCAAUCGAAGCAGCCAGUCACGCAGUCGGCAGAGCAGCCGGUUGCUGACGAUGCCCAGGAUACCCAGGUGCCCCGGACAUCGGCCACAGAGAAUCUGAGAGUUGGCGACCCUGAAUCCAUCCCCUCGAUCGGAAAGUUCGAGUCGGUCCGGGCGUUGUACAGUUACCGCGCUGAAUCAGAAGAGUACGAUAGAGUACACGGCAACAAAUGGCGCGAAAAGAUGGACAGCAGACGGCGCCAGAACUGGAGUCGCAUCACUGCAGUGUAUACACGCAUCCAGCAGCUGCGUAGCGGCAACGAGUCGGAGGAGGAAAACAUGACCCUGACAAAGUACUCGCAGACUGUGCGAAAGAACAUCAACGAGGCUCGCAAAUCCAGCAGAAAGGCGCAAGAUGCUGUCGAGGCUUCGCCAGACAGAGAGGAAGGGAUUCAGUUGCAGCAGGUCCGGCAGCAGCCGCAGCAGCAGCAGCAUGUACGGCAGCAGCAGCAGAUGCUCCAGCAGCAACAACAGCAACAACAGCACCAGCACCAGCAGUCCCUGCAAAUGCUCAUCAACCGGCAGCAGGCCCAGCUGCCCAAUCCCCCCGGCUACUGA